AUGGCUAAAAUGAACAAAAGAGAUACCUUCUAUUUCUGGUACCUCUUGAUCCACAUCCCCGUUGCCUUUUUCAUCGACUGUAGUCUUGUGGUUCCCCGUCAGUUCCUUCUCCCGGUUCAGAAAUACAUGGUGGAUCUCCAUGUGGGCGCCAACAAGGACUUUUUAUUGCAGUCGCCACCUUUGUGGCUCCAAUACUUUGGCAUGUUCGAGAUGUUGUUUCAGUUGCCGCUUUUUUUCCUUGCUUCGUACCAUUUGUGGAGAGGCUCCAAAAGCGUGUUAGUGGUGGUGGCCAUCUACGGGUUUAACGCAUUUUUCACUACAGGGGUGUGUUUGUUGUACGUUUUGACCGAGGGUGCUAACAAUGGCUUGUCCGAGUCGGAGGUCUGGAACUUGUUUGGCUUGUAUGUGCCAUAUUUUGUGAUCCCAUUGGCAAUGAUGAUCGAUUGCACCUACCGCGCCAUGAGAUUGAUUCAAGAGGGUCAGCGUGCGAUUGAAGCCAAGAAGAAAUUAUAG